GUUACUGAAGCCACGCUGCCUCCCUGCAUUGUAGCGACAGCCGCACAAGAGAAAGACUGUUGUGGAGUGAGGCGGGAGUUUCAACGAGGUUAGAAAGUUCUCCAUCGCCGACAGACAGAGGAGAAAAAGAAAAAGCUGCUGUUUGCUGGAACAUCUCAAUGGAUGUGAAACAGGACACCUGUGAUGUGGACGCAAAUAUCAUGGAGAAAACUGCAAAUAUUAAGGAGGAGGACUGUGAGUGGGAGUCCAUCUGCCUUAAACAGGAAAGUCUGAACAUCAAGGAGGAGGACAGUGAACUGCAGCCAGUGGGCAUUAAAGAAGAACCUGAAGAGAAAUCUGUCAGUAUUGAGACACAUAACCAUACAAAUAUGGACAGUGUAGAAGAAGACAACCGUCAUGAUGGGUGUCAAGAUGGAGUGGUGACCAGGUUAGACUCUUCUAAUAGCAGACACUGUUCAUCUCCAGAGCCUUCUAUCAAUGUGAAGUCUGAAUCAUUAGAGUCUGAACCAAAGAGGGCUGAUGAAACUACAUCUGUUAGAGCUCAGAAAAAUAAGCGACCACCUUCAAAGAAGUCUGGAAAAAGACAGAAAGAUCACUGCAGUGUGGAAUGUGACAGAGAAUUCUCUAACAGGAGUGCUCUUCAGAAACGCAUGAGAGUUCACACGGGAGAGAAGCCAUAUUGCUGUAAUGAAUGUGGUAAACAGUUUUCAUAUAUGAGCAAUCUUCAGAAACACAUGAUAGUUCACACCGGAGAGAAGCCAUAUUGCUGUAAUGAAUGUGGUAAACAGUUUUCACGAAAAGGAGAUCUUCAGAUGCACACGAGAGUUCACACUGGAGAGAAGCCAUAUUGCUGUAAUGAAUGUGGUAAACAGUUUUCACUUAUGGGCAAUCUUCAGCAUCACAUGAAUGUUCACACGGGAGAGAAGGCAUAUUGCUGUAAUGAAUGUGGCAAGCAGUUUUCAGAGAUGGGCAGUCUACAGAUACACACGAGAGUUCACACCGGAGCGAGGCCAUAUUGCUGUAAAGAAUGUGGCAAACAGUUUUCACGAAAAGGCAAUCUACAGCAACACAUGAAUGUUCACACAGUAGAGAAGACAGAUUGCUGUAAUGAAUGUGGCAAGCAGUUUUCAGAGAUGAGCAGUCUACAGAAACACACGAGAGUUCACUCUGGAGAGAAGCCAUAUUGCUGUAAUCAAUGUGGUAAACAGUUUUCACAAAAAGGCAGUCUUCAGAUGCACACUAGAGUUCACACCAGAGAGAAGCCCUAUUGCUGUAAUGAAUGUGGUGAACAGUUUUCACAUAUAAGCAAUCUUCAGAAACACAAGAGAGUUCACACUGGAGAGAAGCCAUAUUGCUGUAAUGAAUGUGGCAAGCAGUUUUCAGAGAUGGGCAGUCUUCAGAAACACACGAGAGUUCACAACAGAAAAAAAAAGUAGCAGUUCAAAAAUUAGUCCAGAAAAACAAGAACCCUUCAGGAUUCAAGAGUGAGGUUCAGUCCUGUCCAGUAAGGUAACCAAAACAAACUAUUGUUGAGAAAUGAAUCUCAAAGAGAACUCAUAUUGCUGUUUGGAAUGUGGCAAACAAAUCUGUCAGAGCAGUACACUUCAGAGAAGCACAACUAAACUGUCCUGUCUAAAGAGUGAGGUUCACUCCUGCCUGGACAGUAAGCACAUGUAACUGACACAAAUCCAUCCUACUUAGUGUUGUGUCAAAAA